AGAAACCCAGUAGCCAGGGAGCCCACACACCUUCAGUAUUUAGUAGCUGCAGCUUUAACUCUAAAGUAGUGGUAAUUAAACCCAAACAUACAGUACAGUACAGGUGAUAAAAGGAGGGAGCUGCAGAGCGCCAGGCUAAACUAACAGCAGGAAUGGGAUCAGAUAGGAUCAUGCAGUGCACCCAGCUGUGUCUGCUGGUCAUUCUGGCCUUGUCCACCCUAACUUCCUGGGCUGAUGGAUCUCCAUUAGAGGUGAUGUCUGCUCCUAAUUUGCUGCGAGUAGGAACAACAGAAAAUGUCUUCGUGGAAGUCCAAGACUGUGCAGCGGAGAAUGACAUCAAUGUUGAAAUCACGGUGAUGAAUUUUCCAACUAAAAGUAAAACCCUGAACUCCACAACUGUGACCCUCACCAAGGCAAAGGAUUUCCAGGCCUUUGCACAAAUUAUGAUCCCACCUGAUGACUUCAGUAAAGAUCCCAAAGUGAAGGAAUAUGUGUACUUGCAAGCCAAGUUCCCUGAUAAGAUGCUUGAGAAAGUGGUUAUGUUGUCCUUCCAGUCUGGGUACAUCUUCAUCCAGACUGACAAGACAAUCUACACCCCUGACAGCAUAGUCAACUACAGGUUGUUUGGAGUGAGCCCUGGCAUGACUCCUGUGGAGAGGUCUGAUGCUUCAGUUGCUGUUGAGAUUUUGACUCCCGAUGGCGUCAUUGUAAAAACUGAAUCAAAGUCCCUGUCAUCUGGCAUCUACCCUGGAUCUUAUCAAAUUGGUGAAAUUGUCAGUCCUGGGCAAUGGAAAAUAGUGGCAAAGUUCCUUAGUACCCCACAGUACAGCUACACAGCAGAAUUUGAAGUCAGAGAAUACGUGUUGCCCAGUUUUGAAGUCAAAUUGUCGGCAGCAUCUACCCCGUACUUCCAUGUGGACAGUUCAGAGUUCACCAUCAACAUCAAAGCUACGUAUCUGUUUGGUCAAGAAGUGGAUGGGUCAGCCUUUGUUGUUUUUGGGAUUUUGGAAGACAGUGAGAAAAGAAGCAUUCCUGGGUCAUUUCAGAGAGUGCAGAUCCGAAGGGGUGUUGGAACUGCCAAACUGAAGAAAGAGGACAUUAUAAAGACCUUCCAAAGCAUCCAACAGCUUGUGGGACGUUCCAUAUAUGUAACCGUCAGUGUUUUGACAGAAAGUGGCAGUGAGAUGGUGGAAGCAGAGCUGAGAGGUAUCCAGAUUGUCACAUCACCUUACAUCAUCCGGUUCAAGAAAACACCUCAAUAUUUCAAACCAGGAUUCUCAUUUAAUGUUGUGGUUGAAGUUCUGAAUCCUGAUAAUUCACCGGUGCCAAAUGUUCCAGUAGUGGUGAAUCCAGGCGCUGAGAAAACCAAAAGUUCAUCGAAUGGCAUAGCAAGACUUUCUGUUAAUACCGAGCAAAGCCUUCGACUACUAACUGUCACAGCAAAGACCGAUGACCCUAAACUCUUACCUGAAAGGCAAGCAACUACAUCUAUGACAGCUCACCCAUAUACCACUAAAGGCAACUAUUAUAUACACAUAGAUGUGAAUGUGGGCGAUACACAGGUGAACGUAAAAUUAAAGCCACAUGGGACAACAAAUGCUCAUGACAUCACUUACCUGAUCUUGAACGGAGGUCAGCUGGUGGAUUUUGGUCGAGCCAAGAAACAAAGUCAAAUAUUUAUAGCCAAAAUAAUCCCCAUCUCCAAAACUGUGCUGCCCUCGUUUCGUAUUGUAGCUUACUACCAUACAGAUGAUAAUGAAGUGGUGUCUGACUCGCUUUGGGUGGACGUCAAGGACUCUUGCAUUGGAUCGUUAAGUUUAGAACCAAUGGGAAAGAGACCGUAUAAGCCUCGAGAUAAGACGUUUGGUCUGAAGGUCAGGGGGGAUCCAGGGGCCACUGUGGGACUGGUGGCAGUGGACAAAGGUGUCUACGUCCUGAACAACAAGCAUCGUCUCACUCAGAAAAAGGUGUGGGACGCUGUGGAGGCGUAUGACACUGGCUGCUCACCAGGUGGAGGGAAGGACAGUAUGGGUGUUUUCUAUGAUGCUGGGCUGGUGUUUCAGUCCGGUACUGGUAUCACGACUCCCUUUAGACAAGAACGGAAAUGCCCAACUUCUGUCAGGAGGAAACGAGCCAGCUCUGUAAUGGACGUCAGAACCAGCCUAAUGAGUCAGUAUGGAGAUAAACUGCAACGUGAGUGUUGCUUGGAUGGCAUGAGACCCACCCCACUGUCCUAUAACUGUGAGAGGCGCAGUGAGUACAUCAUAGAUGGUGCAAACUGUGUCCAGGCCUUCUUGCGCUGCUGCAAGGCCAUAGAAAACCUGUUAGCUGAGAAGAAGGCGGAAAGCCUCCACCUGUCUCGCAGUGAAGAAUCAGAAUACAUGGACAGCAAUGAAAUUGUUUCUCGCUCAAAAUUCCAAGAAAGCUGGCUGUGGUUAGACAUCCAACUGCCUGCUUGCGAUCACGGCGAGCUUAACUGUGUCUCCGAAAAGACCUUAACCUCUUCUAAAGCUGUCCUCCCAGACUCAAUUACAACUUGGUAUUUCACAGGUAUUAGCCUGUCAAGAACCCACGGUAUUUGUGUGGCUGAUUCAUUGGAAGUCACUGUGGAGAAGAAAUUCUUCAUUGAUCUCAGGCUGCCGUAUUCUGCUGUUCGUGGAGAGCAGCUCGAAGUUAAAGCUGUUCUCCACAACUACAAUGACGACUCUGUCACUGUGCAACUGGAUCUCAUUGAAAACACAGACCUGUGCAGUGCUGCGUCUAAAAAAGGGAAGUAUCGUCAGGAGGUCACCAUUGGGGCUCAAACCACUAAAUCUAUACCCUACGUCAUCAUUCCUUUGAAGUUUGGAAAAUUCAAUAUCGAGGUCAAAGCAGUUGUAAAAGGAUUUUUUGCUGGUGAUGGAAUUAUAAAGAGUCUACUGGUCGUGCCUGAGGGUGAACUGAAAAAAAUUCCAAUAACUAUAACACUAGACCCAGCUAAGAAGGGUGGCAGGCAGCAAGAAAUCCUCAGGAGUGCAAUUUCUCUGACAGAUGUGGUGCCAAACACACCUAUGAAUACACAUCUCUCUUUGAUAGGGAGAGAGCAGAUGGGUCCAUUAGUGGAGAGCGUCAUUAGUGGGGUGUCGAUGGGGGCGCUAAUCUUCCAGCCAAUGGGUUGUGGAGAGCAGAACAUGGCCUUCAUGACCCUGCCAGUGAUUGCAACCAUGUAUUUGGACAAAACCAACCAGUGGGAAAGUGUGGGCUUCGAUGAGCGUGGUAAAGCCCUUCAACACAUCGAAACAGGCCGCACUAACCAGUUGAAGUACCGUAAAAGUGAUGGGUCUUUUGCUAUAUGGCCUAAAUCUCAAAGCAGCACAUGGCUCACUGCCUAUGUCGUCAAGGUGUUUGCUAUGGCCUCCAGGCUGGUGCCAGUAGAACACAGUCUUAUCUGUGACGCCGUCAAGUUUCUCAUACUGAACACACAGCAGCCUGAUGGCAUAUUUAAGGAAAUUGGACAUGUGUCGCAGAGAGACAUGAUUGGGGAUGUGGAGGGAAGAGACUCAGAUGCCUCCAUGACGGCCUUCUGUCUUAUUGCUUUACAAGAGGCACGAACCACAUGUUCUUCCUCUGUCACGAGUCUGACAGGCAGCAUAAACAAAGCGGUGGCAUAUUUGGAAAAUCGGCUGCAGGGACUCACUUACUCAUAUGCUGUUGCAAUGACAUCAUACGCCCUCGCCAACGAAAACAAACUGAACCGAAGGAUACUUAACAACUUUGUGUCCUCAGAUUCAUCCCACUGGCCAGUACCUGGGCACCAUUAUUUGACAUUGGAGGCUACAGCUUAUGCUCUUCUAGCUUUGGUCAAAUCCGGGGCUUUUGAAGAUGCCAGACCUGUUGUGAGGUGGUUCAAUGAGCAGAGGAAGGUGGAAGGAGGCUAUGGCUCAACUCAGGCCACUAUAAUGGUGUACCAGGCAGUAGCAGAAUACUGGGCCAAUGCUGAGGAACCAGAGUAUAAUCUGAAUGUCGACAUCUUGCUGCCACGCAAAUCAAAAGCUACCCCAUACAAAUUGAACAGGGAAAGCCAGUUCACCUCUAGAUCAGCCAAGUUCAAGGACAUAAACCAGGAUGUGACAGUGACUGCCACAGGAAAAGGAGAAGCAACACUAACAAUGGUGUCAUUGUAUUAUGCUAUGCCUCAAGAAAAGAAGGGGAACUGUGAUAGGUUUGACAUGACCUUGGAGCUCCAGACAGAGAAAGUGGAAGAAGAUACAACCACAUACAAGCUGAUAAUAAAGCUUUUGUAUAAGGACAAUGAGCACGAUGCAGCCAUGACAGUCGUGGACAUUGGCUUGCUAACUGGCCAGACUCCAGACAAGGACGACUUGGACUCGUUGUCCAAAGGCCAUGCCCGCACCAUUGCAAACUAUGAGAAAAACACAGACCUGUCAGAAAAAGGGUCACUCAUCAUUUACCUUGACAAGGUUUCUAACAAGAAAGAAGAAGAGAUCAGCUUUAGGCUCCAUCAGAGUGUCAAAGUGGGCAUCUUACAACCAGCCGCUGUGUCUGUCUAUGAAUUCUAUAAUAGAUCUCAAUGUGUGAAAUACUACCACCCAAAGAGGCAACAAGGAGAGCUGCUGAGGCUCUGUCAAAACAAUGAAUGUAUAUGUGCUGAAGAAAACUGCUCUAUGCAGAAAAAAGGCUCAAUCCCAAAUGAAAACCGGGCCACGAAGGCUUGUGAGAGCACAAUAGACAGCAAAAUUGAGUAUGUGUACAAAGUAAAACUGGUAGAGUUUAAAAACAGUUUGACCACGGACAUUUACACAAUGCAGAUACUGGACCCCAUCAAGCAAGGGAGUUUUGAUGUUGGACCUCAGGGUAACCGCACUUACCUCGGUUAUCCUCACUGCAGGGUUGGUUUAGGUCUGGAGACAGGCAAAACCUACCUUAUCAUGGGCACAUCAAAAGACAUUUAUAAAGAUGAGAAAAAACAACUUUAUCAGUACGUGCUGGGGGAGAACACCUGGAUUGAAUACUGGCCGACCAGCAAAGAGUGUCAAAUGAGCAACCACAGGGCUACAUGCGUGGGCCUAGAGUUUAUGGUUAACCAGAUCACUGUCUUCGGAUGUCAGCAGAAGUGAACAACACAGGCUGUUGAUCUGUAAAACUGUGGUUGAUGACUGUUUCCUACAGUACCUAUAAGAUUAGAGUCCUACUCUAGGUCACCAGGCAUUAAAAUUUAUGUGGUCAGCUCUUA